AUGAACAAAAUGCUGUCAAACAGAUUCCCUUACAUUGUGGUAAAUAACAAAAAUUACCAAAAAAUAUGCAAAAUUCACACUACUACCUUCAGUAAUACUGCAUUCAAAGCAGGAGACAAGAUUCGCAUACAGAAAACAUUGACUCAGAAAGAUUUGGAUGCAUUCUCCAACCUCACAAGUGACCAUAACUAUUUGCACCAGAACAAUGGCAACAAGAGGCCAAUAGUGCAUGGAGCACUUCUUAACGGCUUGGUGGCCGGACUGAUUGGCACACACCUGCCCGGCCCGGGCACUGUACUUGUGUCACAAACUAUGAAGUUCCCUAACAAAUGCUUUGUUGGUGAGAAACUUACCAUAAGUGUAGAACUUGUUGAUGUGAGGAAGAUCCUCAAAGUGAAGUUUUAUUGCAUUGUGGAGGAAGAAAAAAAGGUUGUGUUUGAGGGUGAGGCUAAACUUAUGUUGGCCAAAGACUGUUAG